CGCCGCGACCCGGAAGUGGGCGUGUGGCGGGGCGGCGAGCGAGUAAGCAGGCCGUCGGCGUUGGAAUGGUGCGUUCCUAAGAUGUGUGGUUACUGACUGUCUCCAGAUGCAGAGGUGCCUGUAUCCCUGGCACAGGCAGGUCCUGAGCUGUAGUUGGAGUAGAUUGUGCCUUCUAAAGCGAUACCUAUUUACAAUGAAGUUGCAGUCUCCAGAAUUCCAGUCGCUUUUCACAGAAGGAUUGAAGAGCCUGACAGAAUUAUUUGCCAAAGAGAAUCAUGAAUUAAGAAUAGCAGGAGGAGCAGUGAGGGAUUUACUAAAUGGGGUGAAGCCUCAGGAUGUGGAUUUCGCCACCACUGCCACCCCUACUCAGAUGAAGGAGAUGUUCCAGUCGGCUGGCGUUCGCAUGAUAAACAACAAAGGAGAGAAGCAUGGGACGAUCACUGCCAGGCUUCAUGAAGAAAAUUUUGAAGUUACUACACUCCGGAUUGAUGUCACCACUGAUGGAAGGCAUGCUGAGGUAGAAUUCACAACUGACUGGCAGAAAGAUGCUGAACGAAGAGAUCUCACCAUAAAUUCCAUGUUUUUAGGUUUUGAUGGUACCUUGUUUGAUUAUUUUAAUGGUUAUGCAGAUUUAAAAAAUAAAAAAGUCCGAUUUGUUGGACAUGCUAAACAGAGAAUUCAAGAAGAUUAUCUUCGCAUUUUAAGAUAUUUCAGGUUUUAUGGCAGAAUUGUUGACAAACCUGGUGAGCAUGACCAUGAGACUCUAGAAGCAAUUGCAGAAAAUGCCAAAGGUUUGGCUGGAAUAUCAGGAGAGAGGAUUUGGGUAGAACUGAAGAAAAUUCUUACUGGUGACCAUGUAAACCAUUUGAUCCAUCUGAUCUAUGAUCUUGGUGUGGCUCCUCACAUAGGUUUACCUGCUAAUGCAAAUUUAGAAGAAUUUAACAAAGUCAGUAAAAAUGUUGAAGGCUUUUCACCAAAACCAAUGACUCUUUUGGCCUCUUUAUUCAAAGUACAAGAUGAUGUCACAAAACUGGAUUUGAGAUUGAAAAUUUCAAAAGAAGAAAAAAACCUGGGUUUAUUUAUAGUUAAAAACAGGAAAGACUUGAUUAAAGCAACAGAUAGUUCAGAACCAUUGAAACCAUAUCAAGACUUCGUUAUAGAUUCAAGGGAACCAGACGCAACUGCCCGUGUCUGUGAGCUGCUCAAGUACCAAGGAGAACAUGGCCUGCUCAAGGAGAUGCAGCAGUGGUCUGUCCCGCCCUUCCCUGUGAGUGGACAUGACAUCAGGAAAGUGGGCAUUUCUUCAGGGAAGGAAAUCGGGGCCCUGUUGCAGCAGUUGCGCGAACAGUGGAAGAAAAGUGGUUACCAAAUGGAAAAGGAUGAACUUCUAAGUCACAUAAAGAAGACCUAAAAUGAGCUCCCCAGGAAAUAGGAACGUCUUGAAGCUUCACUUAAGACUAAAUGAAGAGUCCAACAAAAAACUGAACACAACCGUAUUACCCAGGAAACCAGCUGUGUACUGUAGAAGGUCGACCUAUCAGAUUCAGGUUGGAAGCUUUAUACACUGUCAGUGUCUCAUGUACAUAUCCAUGAGGAUUCACAUAUGCUGCCAUUGGACCACAUAAGGAUAAACUGCAACAAAGAAGCAAUAUGGAGAAUAAGAGAAUGAAAAGAAAAACAGUAAUUCUAAUUUUUUCCUUCUUUGGGGUAUGUUUUUUAAUUUUUAAAUUUUGUGUCAGAUAUAAGUACAGGAAUACAGGAGGUUGGCAGAUACUCUAUUUUUGCUUGACAAUUUUUUUUUGAUGAGUCCAAGGGAAACACUAUUGUUUAAAAAGCCUAAUGAAAAGGUCAGGUUUAUUCAUCUUUAGACAGUUGGCUGCCUUGCAGACAUCAGUUUCCUUAUUUUCUUGAUUUACUGUCUUGUUUUAUAAUUCUAAUGAAUUCAUCAAAGUGUUAAACUACUGUGUCACAGCGUUAGCACAUGUUCAGAGACAUGCCCUGUUCUGGUCCUGUUUAGCAUAACUAGUUGAAAGAUAAUGCUUGAAGCACUCAUUAUGUAAGAAAAUAAGAUAUUAAACAGAAAUUGAGGAAAAACAUAUAGACAUUGUGGAUAUUUCCAGCCUGGGAAACAGCCUUACCCCAGACCUGUGCUUAUUUUCUUAAUUGAGUAUAUUUUUUAGGCGCUAGAGGAAAAAUUCUGUAAGUUAGAAAUGUAUUGCGAGAGGUAUACUAAAUGUAAUAAAGAUCUUA